CACUCAGCAGAGCGGUUUUAUUUCCACUUGGCUGAUUUCUGGCGUCGCAUCAGAGAAGAAGAGGAAGGAGGAGGCAGUAGGAGGAGCUGAGAGCAGCAGAGGGAGCGUCAGGUAGCAGAUGAACAAAUAACCCAGUUAAUCAGCAGCUUCAUAACCAGCUGAAUCCAUAAGAAACAGGCUAACGUAGAUGUGUCUAGCCUUUGAGGAGAAGGAGAUGGAGUCUGAAGAGAAUCUGCUGAGUGCUUACCUGCUGCUGUUGCUGCUCGGAUCACACUUCACUCUGGUGGGUCCCUCAACCCCUGAGGAGGGCUGGCAGGUCUACAGUUCAGCUCAGGACUCAGAGGGUCGAUGUGUUUGUACAGUGGUGGCUCCUCAGCAGACUGUCUGUUCCAGAGAUGCUCGAACCAAGCAACUACGACAACUGCUAGAAAAGGUGCAGAAUAUGAGUCAAUCCAUUGAAGCGCUAGAUCAGCGGUCUCAGAGAGAUCUACAGUUUGUGGAGAAGAUGGAAGUUCAGCUGAAAGGUCUGGAAAACAAAUUCAAACAGGUGGAAGAUGGACAUGAGAGCAACAUUGCCAGACAGUACAAGGUACUUUGCCCACAUCAUGAAACUGAACAAUCCAUCAACAACUUUGUGGUCUCUCUCUCUCUCUCUCUCUCUCUCUCUCUCAAUAAAGAGCAAUGAAGCAUUUCAAAAAGAAGAGAUCACUUGAAGGAACUGAACAUAAUUUACUGAGAUAGAGAACUGCAUUGCAGUGGUUUGUAUCAUAUCUAUCUAAUAGACUCC